AUGGCAAAUAAGUUCUGCUUUGAAGCUUUGGAUAAGACCUUAAGAGAUAUUCUAAGAACAAGGUUUGAAAAUAGCUCUAACAAACCUUUUGGAGGACUUACAAUAGUGUGUGGUGGUGAUUUCCGACAAAUAUUACCAGUUGUCCCAAAAGGUACAAGAGCUGAUAUUGUUGAUGCUUCUCUUAACUCAUCAUAUUUGUGGCCAUUUUUCAAAAUAUAUGAGCUCAACCAAAAUAUGAGGCUAUAUAAUGGAAGCUUGACUGGUUUUGAGGCUGCUAAAAUAGCUUCUUUUGACAAAUGGAUGUUGCAGAUUGGAGAUGGUUCAUUAUAUGAUGACAUUGAUAGACAAUUAAUUAAGCUUCCUUCUGAUAUCGCCAUAAAUCCAUCUCAAGAUCCAAUGAAAUCCAUAAUUAAAGUUAUCUACCCAUCACUUUUACAAAAGUACAACGAUCUUACAUAUUUGACAGAAAGAGCAAUAUUAACACCAAAAAAUGAAAUGGUCUAUGAACUAAAUGAGAUGAUUAUGAAUAUUAUACCAGGUGAAGGGAGAACAUAUUUUAGCUCAGACAGUAUAUGCAAAGCAAGUGUAAAGACAAAUGAUGAAGUUCUUUUGUAUCCAGCUGAAUUUUUGCAUGGUUUGAAAUUUAAUGGCAUCCCUAAUCAUGAGAUGCGACUUAAGGAAGGUGCUCCUGUAAUGCUCCUUAAAAAUCUAAAUCAAACAGAAGGCCUAUGA